CUUUUUUUACAGAACUUGGAAGAGGGGCACAGCUCCACAGUGGCUGCCCACUAUAAUGAACUUAAGGAAGUUGGUUUGCAGAUGCGUAGCCAAAGUCGAAUAUUUUACCUAAGAAACUUCAAUAAUUGGAUGAAAAGUAUCCUCAUCGGGGAAUUUUUAGAAAAGGUGCGACAGAAGAAAAAACGCGAUAUCACUGUUUUGGACCUGGGCUGUGGUAAAGGUGGAGACUUGCUCAAGUGGAGAAAGGGAAGGAUUAACAAGCUUGUUUGUGUUGAUAUCGCUGAUGUUUCUGUCAGACAGUGUCAACAGAGAUAUGAGGACAUGAAAACUCGUUCUCGCGGUAAUGAAUAUAUUUUCAAUGCAGAAUUUAUAACUGCCGAUUGUUCAAAGGAACUUUUGAUUGACAGAUAUCGAGACCCAGAAAUGUGCUUUGACAUCUGCAGUUGCCAGUUUGUCUGUCACUACUCAUUUGAGACCUAUGAGCAGGCUGACAUGAUGCUCAGAAAUGCUUGUGAGAGACUCAGUCCUGGAGGCUAUUAUAUCGGUACCACUCCCAAUAGCUUUGAACUGAUAAGACGCCUUGAAGCUUCAGAAACGGAAUCAUUUGGAAAUGAAAUAUAUACUGUGACAUUUCAGAAGAAAGGAGAUUAUCCAUUAUUUGGCUGCAAAUAUGACUUCCACUUGGAAGGUGUUGUGGAUGUCCCUGAAUUCUUGGUCUAUUUUCCUUUGCUAAAUGAAAUGGCAAAGAAGUACAAAAUGAAACUAGUCUACAAAAAAUCGUUUCUGGAAUUCUAUGAAGAGAAGAUUAAGAACAGCGAAAAUAAAAUGCUGUUAAAACGAAUGCAAGCCCUGGAGCCAUAUCCUACACAUGAGAAUUCCAGACUUGCCUCUGAGAAGGUGGAUGACUAUGAACAUGUGGCAAAGUACAUGAAGAACACUCAAGUAAAGUUACCCUUGGGAACCUUAAGUAAAUCAGAAUGGGAAGCUACCAGUAUUUACGUGGUGUUUGCAUUUGAGAAGCAGCCGUAAGCACGUGUGCAGUAGCAUCAGAACAGCUGUUGCAUCCUUACGCAGUUGUGGAUGAUCCAUCUGAGAUAGACUGGACAACUUUCCGUUUGCUGCUUUUCAUUUCUAAAUGUGCAGAAUGCUGCCUGGAAACUCCAGCGGAUAAAUUUGACCCUGCCGUCUGUGACAGAUGAACAUUUGUGUGUGUGUGUGUGUGUGUGUGUGCGCGCGUGUGUAUGAGUGGGGACCUUUACAAAUCUUACUUGUACGUAAUGUCCUCAGGAGUCCAUUUGCCUGUACUGUCUUAGCUCAUCAAAAUUGUAAUAGUACAUGUAAGAGCUGCUGACAUCGUUCCACGGUGCUCUGAUUUCCUCACUGUUUCUUUACGGUAUUAAAGUUAUUGCAGUGGUGGAAUUGAUGAGGGAACACACUGGUUUGGGUGUGGGUGGGGUGCGGUGUGACCAUUUCUGUAUUUUUGUUAUUAUAUAUAAUGUUUUUCGAGAUCAAGUGGAUAGCAUUCUGUGCAGGCUAAUGUACGUCUUCAAUAUGUGUUGCUGAGUUGUGGUUAAAACAAUUUUGGGCUGUCAUAAAAGUCACUUACCUUGGAAUUUCAGCCAGUUGUGACUAGUCAUUAUAAAUAGCAACUGCCUUAUUUGCUGGUAUGAUGCAAUUCUGGAACUAAAUAGAACUUUUUAGAUCACAGCAUAUAAUCUUGUGGG